AUGCGGCUCCGGUUGCCAUCGCCGCGCCCGCGCUCGCCGGCCGCGCAGUGCACUGUCGGCACCGCGUCUCUCUCUGUGAUCAUCCCUGCGUACGACGAGGCAGAGAGGCUGCCGCGCACGCUCGAGGAGUCGCUCGCUCACCUGUCGACCACCCGGCGAGGCCCGUGGGAGAUCAUCGUGGUGGACGACGGCUCCCACGAUUCAACGCUGAUGGGAGUCGUCUUUGCGGCUCUCGCGUCGACCUGCGUGCGGGGCGUGCCCGACACUCAGUGCGGGUUCAAGCUUCUCUCCCGCCGCGCGGCGCGCGAGCUCUUCCCGUCGCUGCAGAUCCGCGGCUGGGCGUACGACGGCUCGAAGGUGACGCCGCUCACGCCGCUGCAGAUGGCAGCCGACCUCGUCGCUUUGCGGCUGCAGCUGGCGCUGUUGGCUCUGGAGUGGAAUCGCGAGGCGGCCGUCUGGGCGGGGCUGCAUGCGGCGGCCCACGCGCUGCUGGCGGUGACGCCGCUGCGGCUGAGCUGCAAGCCGGCCGACCUCGGCUGCGAGUGCGAGGCCUUCAAGGAGCGGAAGCUGCGCUCCAAGCGGCUGCUCCUCUUCGACCGCUGCGUCGGUGGGAUCGGCCUCACUGAGCGGGUGGCCACGGCGAUGCCCGAGCUGCUGCGCUCGGCGCUCGAGCUGAUGACGAGCUGCGACUGCGACGACGGCUGCUGGCUGUGCGUCCACUCGUCGGUCUGCACGGAUGCUUGUACGAGCAAGAAGGCGGCCAUCGCCGCCGAGCCGCGUGCACCGCCGCCGGGGUCGAGCGAGGAGACGCCGUCGAUGCUGGGGCGAUCUAUCGGGAUCUUCCGCUCCAUGGCCAUAUCGCAGUCGAGGAGCAGAGGUGGCAGUACUUAAGCCGAGUGGCAUAUGUACACGGGUGUGUGUGUGUCACUGUCUCAGAGG